AUGGCAGAUGACAUGGAUAUUUCGACGUCAUCGCCACGUGGAACGAAAAGAAAAGGCGAUGACAGUCUACCACUUCCCGCGCCGCGCCGAAUCAAGGCACUAUCGCAAGAUGUCGUCAACAAAAUCGCGGCCGGAGAAAUCAUUGUCGCGCCAGUGCACGCGUUGAAAGAGCUGAUUGAGAAUGCUGUUGAUGCAGGGUCGACUGCAUUGGAGGUCCUAGUUAAAGACGGCGGCCUCAAGUUGCUCCAGAUCACCGACAAUGGUCACGGCAUCGAUAAAGAAGACCUGCCAAUCUUAUGUGAACGUUUUACUACUUCCAAACUCAAGGCAUUCGAGGACCUGACUUCUAUUGGGACGUACGGCUUUCGUGGCGAGGCGCUGGCGAGUAUCAGUCACAUUGCUCAUCUCAAAGUUACUACGAGGACAAAGGAGUCGAGCUGCGCGUGGGAAGCGCAUUUUGCGGAUGGUAAACUUUCAAGUGCGAAGCCUGGCCAGAGUGCCGAACCAAAGCCUAAGGCUGGCCGACAGGGCACGAUCAUUACAGUUGAGGAUCUCUUCUACAAUGUUCCUUCUCGGCGGCGAGCUUUCCGUUCCGCUAGCGAAGAGUACGCGAAGAUUCUCGAGCUCAUCGGACGUUAUGCUGUCCACUGCGCAGGCGUUGCCUUUUCCUGCAAGAAGGCAGGCGAAAACAAUAGCAUAACCGUACCUGCUUCUGCUACCGUCAAGGACCGGAUUCGAACGAUCCAUGGCAAUUCUGCUGCAAGCGAUUUGGUAGCCCUGAACGUCAAAGACGACCGCUGGGGCUUCAAGUGCGACGGUUGGGUCAGUAACGCAAAUUAUACUGCGAAAAGAACAGUAAUGCUGCUCUUCAUCAACCACCGAGCGGUAGAGUCGCCCGCGAUCAAGAAGAGUGUUGAGCAGACUUACGCCACGUUUCUACCGAAAGGAGCUCAUCCGUUCUUCUAUCUAAGUCUCGAAAUCGAGCCACAGCGAGUGGAUGUAAACGUGCAUCCUACAAAACGCGAGGUUCACUUCCUCAAUGAAGAUGAGAUCAUAGCCGUCAUCUGCGACUCGAUCCGCGAAAACUUGAGUAAGGUCGAUACGAGCAGGACUUUCAUGACCCAGUCCUUGCUUUCAAACCCCAAAGUUCCUUUUGCAACGCCCAUGAAGCAGAUCAUACCUUCGACCCCUGCCACAGGCGAUGCAUCAGACCGUAGCGGCCGAAGAGCGCCGCAUACAGCGUCCAAAAAGCGAGACGAAACCAACCUUGUCCGUACGGAUUCUUCAGCACGCAAGAUUACGUCAAUGUUGCAGCCGCAAAAGUCCGUCGAAGAGAUUGCAAACGACGAAGAAGAGAUGGAAUAUGAGUUCGCAGAAAAGGAACCAAUGGCGUGUCGUCUCACAUCCGUCAAAGAUCUUCGUGCGGAGGUUCGAGAUGCAAUGCAUAACGAGCUUACCGACAUCAUUUCAACGCAUACGUUUGUUGGUAUUGUCGACGAGCAGAAGCGAAUAGCGGCUAUACAAGGCGGUGUAAAGCUAUUCCUUGUCGAUUACGGUAUGCUCUGCAACGAGUACUUCUACCAGGUCGGUCUGACCGACUUUGCCAACUACGGCAAGAUACGCUUUAACCCACCCUUGCCGCUACGUGACUUACUCAAGGUUGCUGCAGAACAGGAAAAGAAGAAUGCAGGCGAUGCGGCAGACGAAAUAGACUGGGAUGAGGUUGUUGAAGUAGUGAAAGAGCAGUUGAUCAGCAAGGCAGCGCUGCUGAGCGAAUACUUCUCUAUGGAGAUUACACCAGAAGGCGAACUCUGCUCUAUCCCGCUGCUGAUGAAAGACUACACGCCCUCUAUGGCCAAACUCCCUCAAUUCCUACUGCGUCUUGGACCGCACGUUAAUUGGAAUGAGGAGAAAGGAUGCUUCCAGACGUUGCUGCGCGAGAUUGCUUCUUUCUAUGUACCUGAAAGUCUGCCUCUGUCGCCCUCGGCACAAGCAGGUGACGAUGGUAAAGGCAAGGCUAAGGUCCUUGAGGAAGAUCCCGAAAUUGCAGCAAGGCGGAAGAAACUCCUGCGAGCGAUCGAGUUUACCAUCUUCCCUGCUUGCAAGGCUAGGCUCGUGGGCACAAAGGGAUUACUGCAAGGUGGAGUGAUGGAGGUCGCGAAUCUGAAAGGUCUAUACCGAGUAUUCGAGCGAUGCUGA